GUGGGUACAAGUCAUGCGCGGUGAAGGCCUCACUUUUUCGACCGCCGACAGACGCUCUCCGGCGAAUACAAUGGGCACAACACAUAAAACGGGCGGACAAGGACCUGACAAGCGACUUCGCUGUUUGGGAUCGGCACUUCGAGGAACGUUUCAUUGAAAGGACGUUUCGGCAUAUAAUCGGCUGUGAAAUUGUCGAGAUGCCGCGGGAUCGGCCACAGCUGAAGAGCGACGCCAUUCCAACGGUGUUUCCGGAUGCGCCAAAAUAUUUCACGAAGAAAGCUCCAUUAAAAGGAAGGAAAGGAACUUAUGCGAGCAAGGCCCGCCUCCUGCAAAGAAAAAGAAGAGGACCGCUGUAAACGACGCUGGACCAUCAAACCAGCGAGACGCCGGCGAAACGACAGCACAAGAUGAGCUUCCAGACGAAGCAAAAUUGGACUAUCUCUGCGGAAAUCUCCUCCUACCAGACACCUGCUGGAACAAGCUACGCUUUUCUGGGGAACCAGGCAUUGUUUUCUUUGGCCUUUGCGAACAGAAGGGAGAAUACGUGGACCAUAUGCUGCUGCCAACGUUGACCAAAUUCAAGCAAGCAAGUGACAAGCCGGGGCCAGUAAUCUGCUCUGUGUUUCUGAGAGGCAAAUUUCACAAGAAAUGUGCUGUGAUGUCGCCAGAUGAGGCGCAAGCAGUACUUAACACCACACAUUCGCUUGGGAUGUGCACAGGCUGCGGAUUGGAAUCUAGCAAUGGAAGCCGGUAUGUGUCAUUUGCUGGCUCUACUUUUUCUGUCACGUGCAAACUCACUUGCGACCUAAAGGGGCGAUGCAUCCACUGCAAAUACCUGAGAAAGCUGGUCCAAAACCAAAUGUCACGAAAGAAACGCCCUAGGGCAACAGUUACCCUCCUAAGAAUGCACGCAAACACACGUCGUCGUUCGCGAAGCGCACAAAAGAAGCUGCUCAACGCGGAGAAAGAGCUAGAGGAAAUGCGAGUGGACAAUGAGCAAAUUGCGGAUGAAGUGCUCAACGACUGCAUUAAAGGGCUGCCUCCAAAUCAACAAAUGGCUGUGAGGACAUGCUUCAAGGCAGCAACACGAAAGUCGACAUUUGGUAUGAACUAUGAAAAGGAGUGGAUACUGGAAUGCGUGCUUCUACGCAUGAGAAGUCCCAAACUGUACAAACACCUGCGCAGGCACAAAAUACUCGUCUUGCCCAGCCGGACUUGCAUGCAGCGUUAUGUGCGCAACUUCAAAAGCGGUUUCGGAUUCAACGACAGUGUCUUCAAAGCGCUUGCUCUGAAAACUCCAAAGACUGACAUCUGCACUCGGCACGGCGGCAUUGUCUUUGACGAGUUGAAGUUGUCUGAGGCUCUGAGCACUUCAGUGUCAACACAUCAGGUAUGUAAUAGCUUUUUCUUUCCCUCUUUUUAAUAGCCCAAAUAGAAGAACAUCAGUUUUGCACAGUCAUGGGUAAGUUACUUUUAAAAAGUAUUUCGUUACAGUUACAGUUACUUUUAGAAAAAAGUAGCGAA